CUCACUCAAGAUCUCCUAUUCAGCAUUACCCGCAUUCGUCUUCUGAUAACUCGCCGACCAUGCCGCCAAAAGUCACCAGCAGAAAAGACUUGAUAACUCUGUCGGAAGACUUCGAGGUCGUCGACGGCGAGCACAAGUUCAUCCGCACCGUCUGGGCCGUGUUGGACGAGGAUGAUGUCGCCUGGAGGGGCGAGAAAGACGUCCGCAAAUAUUACAUCAAUCUUCCGGAGCUCGAGGCUGCUCUCCAGCGUGUUCCCGACGAGUGGCUCUUCCCCGAGGCGAGCCCCGAAUUGACCGUCGCGCCGAACGACGGGGCCGGGGAGGAUCUCUACAUCAAGCGGCCCAACAUCACCAGGUACGACCCGGCUGACGCAAACGAUGGCGGCCUUCCGUCGAUUCCGAAGGUCCUCCUGGACGAGAUCCGGAUCAUGGAGUUCCUCGCAGAGCAUCCGCAUCCCAACAUCGUCCGAUACCACGGGUGCCGAAUUCGGCGAGGCCGAGUGACCGGCAUCGUCCUCGACCGGCACCGGACCAUUCUGGAUGACCUGGAGCGCGAUGAAUCUCUCCGUGCCUCGCUCGACCGCGACCGUAUCAUGGCCGAUCUCGAGAAGGCCGUCGCCCAUCUCCACUCCCUGGGUUUGGCCCACAACGACCUCAACCCCUCCAACGUCGUCAUUGGCGAGAACAAGGAGGCCAUCUUGAUCGAUUUCGGGUCUUGCCAACCCUUCGGCAGGGAGCUGCUAUCAACGGGCACGCCCGGCUGGGUUGACGAGGACUUCACCUCUUCAGCGAAAGAGCACGACCUGGCGGCGUUGCCCAAGAUCAGGGCUUGGCUGGACAACGUGUACGAGGGCCGCCCCACGAACCUUCCUCCUAUGCCCCUGGACGGGUUGCGACAAGAGACCCUUGAGGAACGAGGCCUGGUUUGAUGCUGGACCGGAGAAAGAAGUUCGCACUCUGGUGUUUGUUUCUAGUGAACGGGGAGGCAAUCGGCUGGCGCCAGGUUCAACAAGAUUUUCAUCCGCCGAAAUUUCCAGCGUCGCCACUUCUUACCGUAGUGGACAGGGGCUUGAAUGGAGACGGUAAAGCCGAGGAGCAGAAUACCAAUCCAGAAGUACAAAUUGUCCUCAA